AUGCCAUGGCCACGAUGUGGAUUAGGCUGGCUUUGCAUCUUACUAGUUAUCUGUAGUGUUGUCACAGUUGUCUCAUCGUACUGCGUGGCUCUUUCUCAUGGACAUAUUUAUCCCUUUCUGCCGGCGAUUAGCGAAACUGGCGUCUUAUUUCCGGAGAAAUAUGUCUUUAGAGAGUUAACAAAUUUAACUGCGUUUUUGUUCAUCUCCAAUGCGUUUGUCCGUUUUAUGCAGUACAAGCUUGUGGCUGAGCAGUGUCGAGAGGAGCAUGUAAAACUGCGACGUCUCAACAAACUGGCUUUUGUGGUCGCCAUCUUGGCAGGUGUCGGAAUGACCUUCGUGGCUAACUUUGAAAUAGAAAAGGACUGGUCCAUUCACGACAUCGGUGCGAUGACAGCCUUUUUCAGCGGUCUUCUUUACUGCUGGUUACAAUGCGCAAUGUCAUAUAAGCUACGCGACCACGGUGUCAUCAACAGCUCAGCAGUGUGUCACUCCAGAGUCACGGUCUCUCUCCUCAUAACCUUUUGCGUGGCGAUAUUUGGCGCGUGCCAGACCAAGGCCAAUUGGGAAUGGGACCAAGCUCGGCCUCGUUAUCAUUUCUUAGCCAAACUCAAAUGGAGCCCUGAAGAUCCGGGAUAUUUUUACCACGUGGUAUCUAAUGUUGCAGAAUGGAGUAUGUGUGGAGGAAUGCUUCUGUUUAUGUUGACGUUUGCGCACGAGUUCCAGCAAAUAGAGAUAACAUCUGAUAUUUCGUCUACUGAUUACUGGUGACGAUUUCUAUGCGGAACUCAGCCCACUUCGGAUCUCCUUUUUCAGUAUUGGAUGAAAUUUAAUUAGAAUACGGUAAUAAAUUUUAAUUUUAAAAUUACGCGCUCAAAACAGCCAGGAGCUUUAAAAGAGUGAAGUCUUAACAUGUGAAUGUUAGCCUUGAUUAUGGCAUUUUUCAGCUACAGUUCAUCAAACGGAAGAGCGCCAGAUUAGCAUGAGAGUAAUCUCGAACCCAGAUCCUACAAUGUAACUGUAACUUACAACCGCUUGGCUGGGAAAGGUCUGGGUACAAGACUUGCUGGGGCCUUUCUACGUCCAGAUUGGCUAUCAUCCUCGAUAAUCAGGGUACUGAGCUACAAUAGUUGAAGGACAUUUUCAUUAUAACGUUUCAACAACUCUUUUAUUAGAAUUCC